CCAAACCAGUUUCAUCACUCUCUCUCGCCUCGAUCCUAUAACCCAUCUUCGUUUGAAUCAAGAACAAAGUCUCCUCAUUCUCACUCUCUUACUCUGGGGGACACCAUUUUUGUUUUAUUUUUAUUUCCUUUCGUUUUUCUCUUUUGCGCCAUCACUCCCUUCUCUUGUGUGAACACAGUUCAGGCUUCACUUUUCUUAAUUUGUUUGGUUCUUCAUUAUAGCAUUUCCCUUAUGGUUCAGAAGUACUUGUUGCACGAGCUACUUCAGGAGGAUCAAGAGCCCUUUCUUCUAAACAAGUACAUUUCCGAUAGGCGAAGCCAGAUGAAACGGCCUUCCUCCAAUACCUCUUUGCAAGUCAAGAAACACAAAUCAACCAAUCCAACCCCAAGCUUCCCGGGGAAUUUCUGCAAAAGUGCUUGUCUUUUUUCCCUCACAGACACCCCAGAUUUCAGAAAAUCUCCACUCUUCGAAUUCGCUUCCGCAGCAAAAAGCCCUUGCAAAUCCCCCAACGCUAUCUUCCUUCACAUCCCUUCCCGAACCGCGUCUCUGCUUCUGGAAGCCGCUGUCAGGAUCCAGAAACACUCCUCACCCGCUUCACGGCCCAAAAUUAAAGCCCAAUCCUUCGGUCUCUUCGGUUCCCUCUACAAGAGACUCACGCAACGGGGCCAGAAGAAGCGCGAGAUAGAGGGUGCUGGAAGCGUCAAGGUUUCGGUUAAGGACAUUCUGAAGUGGGAUUCCUCUGUUGGGCGAAAAAAAGGUUCCAACAAGAAAGAGGAUGAAGAAACUGUGAAUGUGAAUGCGAAUGCGUGUGAAGUGGGGUUUGUGUGUUCUUACAAUGGUAGAACUAGUAGUGCUGUUUGGUCAGAGACCAACGCGGAUAAAUCCCUCAACAUGGAAACGUCUAGUAGCGGCUACUCCGACGAGAUUCACUUCAUAACCAAUUACACAAACUCCACCUGCUUCUGCGAAAGUCCGUUCCGUUUUGUUCUUCAAACUAGUUCUCCCUCCGACGGCCGCCACACGCCGGAGCUUACCUCGCCAAGUCGCCACGCGACUGAGGAGAAAGAAAGUAACGAAGGCGAGAGUGUGAAGAAGUUCGAAUCAGGGGAAGAAGAGGAGGAAGACAAAGAACAGUGCAGUCCAGUGUGUGUGUUAGACCCACCGUUCGAGGACGAUGACGAAGGGCAUGGGAACGGUGAUGAAGGAGAGGAGGGUGGUUUUGAUUCGGAGUGCAGCUAUGCGAUUGUACAGAGAGCCAAGCAGCAGUUAUUGUACAAGCUUCGUAGAUUUGAGAAACUGGCAGAGUUGGAUCCGGUAGAACUUGAGAGAAGAAUGCACGAUGAAGAAGACGAGGAGGAGGAUGAAUCAUUUAUGAAGGAAACAUUACGUAAAGAAAAUGCCAGUAGAGAGGUGAUUUUGAAAGGUCUGUGGCAGUCAAGGGUGUAUGACAGACAGCAAAUCCCAGAUGAGUUUAAGAAGCUGGUAUCUGAUCUGAUAAUGGAAGAAGAGAGAGCACUCGAUGAGUUGGAAGACAGGGAUAUGGUGAUAACAAGGAUAUGCAAGAGGUUGGAGUUGUGGAAAGAAGUGGAGUCGAAUACAAUUGAUAUGAUGAUAGAAGAUGACUUCUCUAGGGAGGAUGGUGGGUGGAAGAAAAAUGUGGAGCAGAUAAGAAAUAUGGCUGGGGAGCUUGAGUGUGCUAUCUUCGGCUUUCUGCUGGAGGAAUUUUCAGAGGAACUAGUAUGCUAAUUGGGGGGAAAACUUAGUAUGAAUGAUUUAUCUUUAUUCUUUAGAGUACAGUCUGACUUGCAUGUAUUGGGUAUGAUAGGCUAGUAAUUGAAAAGGAAGAAAAAAAAAAGUAACCCAUAAAGAUAAUCAGGGUAUAUAUGUACAUGACUCAUGUUCGUAGCUGGUUGUGGGGAUGCUGUAAGUCACCUUUCUUAAUUUAAUAAUAUAGUCUCUUACAAUGACACUUUGUUUUUGGUGUUUUAGUUCAAUGAAGAAGGGAUAAACCUAAUGCGGUUUUAGAUGAUAAAUGAGACUUGAUAGGGAGUUUCCUUUUGUUUUCACCGGAACAAAACAUGUCACGAAAAUUUGUUUGUAUGUUUGGGGAAGGAAUAUUUGAGUUGGGAGCAGUGAGGGUGAGUUAUGUGCAGGGGAUGGAAUAUUAUAAUUCGGUGAUCUUUGUCUAGGAAGGAGGAAUUUGACAGCGACUUAUCAGUUUAAUCUCAUGUUGUUUUCUUUUCCAAGGUUCCUUUUAUUAUUUAAUGGAUAAACAACUUGUCUAAUUUGCAUCUUGCUUUCUGCCUUUUCCUUUUUUUCUAAUCACUCCAGGUGGCAUCUCUGCUUAUGCUUUUCUGCUGCCACUCAUCGAUCACCAUCAUUUGGAACCUUCAAAUUAGUGUUUAUCCUAGGGAACGCCACUUUUUCAAUUCGAACACUGUUGGUCAAACACGUCAUCGUCAUAAUGUCAAUAGUCAUGAACAAUUUAAACGAAAACGAUUUUCUUUUUCAAAAGAAAUAUUUUAAUGUAUCUACAGUGAUU